AUGAAGGAAAUCAACAAGAUGAAAUUGGAAAAGGAGGGACAACCCAGGGAACUCGAACUCGAACUCGAACACGUUGAAGUACAAGAGCACAAAUUUGAUGGUGUUCUGCUUGCCGGCCCAUUGAACCCCAACUUUCAGGGGUGGAAGACGGUGAGGUUCCUAUAA